UUAGGGACAGCUGUUUGUGGGAAACAUUUCGAGAACUGAAUUGAAAAAACACGCGCAGUUUGCAUUUUUAUUUGAUUAUUUGUAUUAAAUUUACGGUUUACUGAACCCCAUUGGAUGCAGCGACGCUCUCCAAACUCAUUGCCUUGAAGCAGACCGGAGGAAAGGAGGGCAAUUUGAGCUGGGCAGCUGCUGGUUGGCUUCUUAUAUAAUCGCUAUAACCGAUGAAUCUGCACAGCGGCUACGUGCGACGUCUCCUCGACAGUUGGCCCGGCAAACGUCGCUUUGGCAUCUACAGAUUCCUGCCCAUCUUCUUUGCGCUUGGGGCAGCACUCGAGUUCUCCAUGAUCAACUGGACGGUGGGCGAGACCAACUUUUAUCGCACAUUUAAACGCAGGCAGGCCAAGAACUACGUGGAGGAGCAGCAGCAUCAUCAUCAGCAGCAGUUGCCAGAGCAACAGAACACAGUUUAAGCAUGCCCGCCGGCGUCUCGUGGGGUCAGUACACAAAGUUUCUGGGCAGUGCUCUGCUGGCCAUGAUGGCCGGCUCCCAAGCUGUGCAUCUCUACUACAAGCCAUUGGAUGAUCUGCCUGUUUACAUAGAACGCGAGCAGCAUCAUCAUCAGCAGGAGCAGCAGCAGCAGCAGCAUCAUCAGCAGGCGGCAAGCUGAUUUUUAAAUCCAUUUUUUCUUUAAAUAUUAGAUUCGCAUUGUUAUAAAUGGAUUGAACGCAAAGAGGAUCAGGAGAACCUAUCCAUCUGAACCCAUCUCUUGCUGAAAUUACAAAUAUUAAAUUUAUUUCGCAAUA